AUGUCGCUGCAUGAGAGAGUUCUGAGCGUUCUCGCUUACAGGCCAGUGAACGAAGUUGUGAUUGGAGCACCAUACAACGUUACCGACGAUAUUAUUGAUCGAUUUAAUAUCUCUAUUGUCUGUCAAGGGAGUCGCGUUCCCCAUCACAAUCACAUCGGUCCGGAUCCGUUUGCAGCCCCGAAAAGACGAGGUAUCUAUCGUGAAGUGGACUCAAAAAGCGACAUGACAACGGCAAAGAUCAUCCAACGAAUCAUCGAGCACAGGUAA